AAUUUUUAAGCAGUUUGGCGGAUAUCCAGUGUGUAUCGAUGUGAAUAGUGACAGGAAGAUGUUUUUGAUGUACGAAAUUCCCAAACUAUUUUCCAUCCGAUGCCUGCUGGAGCUUGCAUGGAACUGAUUCCUUUGUAAAUAUACAGCUUCUGCCUGAAGAAUGGAGGUCCACAACAGGCGGCCUUAUUCAAGACUGAGCCUGAAGGAGGAGUUUGAUUUUGAUAUCAAUGACAUCAGCCGGGCCUCCACUCCAACCAGUACCAUGAGCUCAAAAUCCGAGGGGCGGAGACGAGAGAAAUCGCACAGGAGUCACUCGGUGGACGACUACAAACGCAAAAUAGCACGACUUAAAAGCGAGUUAGAGGCCGAAAAAGCAAGGACCAAACAGAUUUAUCGUGAAAAAUCCUCGGAAAUUAAGUCUCUUCAGGAGGCGUACAAGAAAGACAAGGAAAAGGAGAUAAGUAAAUUAGAGACAAAGUUAAGUCAAGAGAAACAGAAGGAGAUAGAGAUUAUACAGGAGAAUAUAGCCAAAAAGAAGGACAAGGAACUACAAGAGGUGCUCAAGUACAAAGAAGAGGAGGUCAAAAAUCUCAGGGAAAAGUUUGAAGAGGAGAAAACUAAGGCCCUUCAGUCGGUGGUGGAAUCAGAGAAAAAACAGUACAAAAAAAAUGCAGAGAAAAUGUCCAAGGAGAUCGAAAAACUAAGGGAGGAGAAAAAGAAAAUCGAGGUCGAUUUCAAGAAAAAAUGUGAGGACCAAACGCGCAAGGAAAAAGAGUUCUCUGAGGUCAAAGAAGGCUAUGAUGCAGAACUUCGAAAGAUACUCAACGAAUCCAAAAAAUUUGCAUUUGGGAAUUUACAAAAACUCAAAAAAGCUGAAAAGGCAUUAAGUGAGGGAAUAAUUUCAGAGGAUGAGGUAUUAUCUAUAACAGAAUCGAUUAGUCUCAGGGGAACUCCGUUUUCGGAGAUUUCUAAUCGCACUCCUAGUCGUCCCUUAGCCCUUCGCACAGCAGAGGAUUUAGAGAUUGAAAAAUAUCUAGCUUCUGCCACCCCAUCUCCACACCCUGGAUCCACACCUCUGGGAAAGUCAACUCCUGGAUCCAUUUCAUUAGGGAGGUCAACUCCUGGAUCCACACCCCUUGGAAAGACUUUUACAUUGGAUGGAAAAUCACCCUUUCGUUAUAUUACUGUUCAAGAAAAAACUGACGAAGAAGACCAAAGCAAAGAGAAGCAUAAGAAUAGAGUAUCAUUUCAAAAAUCCAAAUCAGCUAUUCCACUCAAGAAUCGAAGAUCGUCGGAAGAGAAAGACCGUCACCUUCAGAAAAGAAUUGCUGAGCUUCAGGCUCAGACGCAAAGGCUCGAACGUAAAAUUGGUCUCCUGAAAACGGAAAAUGAUUCCUUGAGGCACGAAACUCUGAACCAGAAGAAACGACAAAAAGAUGACCAGAAACCUUUGGAAGAGAAAAUCAAAACUCUGAAAAAACGCAAUGCGGAACUGGCAGCCAUUGCUAGACGUCUGGAAGAGAAAGCUAAGCAUCUGCAGCAAGAAAACAUGAAGAAGGUAAAAGAAGAAAUGAGUCCACCAGAAUCUGACCAUAUGAAGAAACUGUUCGCAAGGCAGAGGGCAAAGGAUCUAGCAGACCAUGCCAAGGCCAUGCUGGCCAAGGACCGUGAGAUUGAGGAACUACGCAAAAAAUGUCAGGAGUUGGCAGAUACACUCAGCAAUGCCGACUUCCUGGGUCCGGAGAAUGUACAAAUGUACGAAGAAAAGGAGGAACUGGUGACCAUAAUCAAACAGGCAGCCAAAGAGAGGCUACAAAUGGAGAAACAACUGGCCAAGAUCAGACCAAACGUGAGUCGCUUCUCAUUGUCGGCUCAGGCAGAUUUGAAGAAGUUGAAGGAAUUGGAAGCAACCAAUGAGACAUUACAGAAGGAACUCGGAAAAUUAGAGAAAGCCAGAGAGGAUACCGAAAAACUCGAGAUAGAACUUACUCAGAAGAAAAUUGAAUGUGAGACCUUAGCAGAAGAAAUCAAAAAAGAAAAACUCAGAAAUAAGGAGCUGGAAAGUGAUUUACAAGAGAGUGCGGCACAGAAUACCCAGCUUACAGUACAAGUGUCAGAUCUCCAACAUAGACUGCAGGACUUGGAAAAGGUGAGCGAGGAGUGUAACAUUUUACGUCUGAACCUUUCUGAAGCCCAGCAUGAAUGUGACCAAGCCAGACACGAGAGAAGCACCCUCCAGGUCAAAGUAGGAAACCUUGAGGAAACCAUCAAAAAUCUAAAGGAAUCAGCGGAUCGUCUACAGGAACUAGAAAAUGAGCAUCAGACAACACUACAGCAAUUACACGACAAAAGUAAUCAAAUCAACUCAUUACAACAGGCUCAACAGGAUGCCAAAGAGGAAUAUGAUAAAGCCCUGCACUCUCUAAAGAGCCGUGUUACUGAACUUCAGCAAAAGUGUCAUGAACAGGAUGACAGGCAUCAGGAACUGACACAAGAGCUGCAGACUCUGAGAUCAGCAGCUGGCAAAAACAACUACAAACACCCACCCAAUCACAGUCCAUCUCAUUAUCAAGACUUAGCCAAUCACAGCCCAUCUCAUCCAGCCAAUCACAGUCCAUCCAAUCACAAAGAUUCAUCCAAUCAAAAGAGUUCCCUAGUUCCCAAUCAUUUUCCAGUUAAAGAAAACUUCCAGCAAUCAAAUGCAGGGCCUCUGACAGAAUCGUGUAGGUUUCCAGGAAAUGAUAAUAUUCAGGUGGACUCCACCAAGUCUCUAGACACAGGUUUUGCUGAUGAUGAAGAUUUAGACAAUUCAAAUAAUCCGUCCCCUGACCAAGCCAAACCCCCAGGGGAAUUUGAAGACCCAGAACUUUACGAAAUUGCCAAAAAAUUAAAAGAGCUGGAAGCUUCAGAUUCUGAAGAGGAUAAUUUAUGUGAAGAUCGAGGGGAAGACUCUGGGAUGGAAAGUCAGAAGGAGCAGAAGAUGCAAAUAAAUGCCAUAGAUGAAAACCGCUUAUCCAUCCUUGCAAAGAAAGGUCCCAUUCAAGUGUUCCAAGCUAAAUACUCCUACGACCCUAUCCAGUAUUCACCCAAUGAGAAUCCAGACGCUGAACUUCCAAUCAACGCCGGGGACUAUGUUCUGGUGUAUGGAGAAAUGGAUGAGGAUGGUUUCUAUGAUGGGGAACUUCUGAAUGGUAAAAGAGGACUUGUGCCUUCAAACUUCAUAGAAAAAGUAUCAGAUGAAGAUCUUGCUGAAUUUCAUGCUGCCAUGUCGGAUGCUAAUCACCAUGACGACGACAGUAUCAUUGGUAACAGCAUACAACAGGACCUUGACUAUGAUAGCAGUGAGGACGUCGGGGCUAAGGACUUGAGACGUAAAUCAACAGAUCUGAAGCCAACAUCUGACAAACUUUUUCCACAAACAAACCAAAGCAGCAGUCGAUCAAACAGCCGUCCAGCUAGUGACCAUGGUAGUGAUGUAGAUGACCUUGACCUCUUAGACAGUAGUAAAGCCUUGACCUCGAUCAAGGUACAGAGUCAGCCAGCAGAUACAAUGUUGCCAUGUCCCAGAGAGCUGACCCUAGACAGACAGUUGACCAAUAGUAUUGUUAUCAGCUGGAAGCCCCCGCUUGACCACAACAAACUGGAUGUCAAGUCAUAUCAUGUGUAUGUUGAUGGAGUGUUCAAAUCCCUGGUGCGCAAAAAUGAGAGAACGAAAGCACUACUGGAGAAUGUAGACUCCAAGGAGGUCCAUAGAGUCAGUGUUCGAUGUAACUCCAACAUGGGCCAGUCAGCAGACAGUCAGUGUACCAUGCUGGUGGGCAAAGAUGCCGAUCCUGCUCCUAGCGACCUGAAAGUUAGCGAAAUUACUUCUAACUCCGCCCAAAUCUCGUGGUUACCGGGUAACAGUAACUUAAGCCACACCCUAAGUGUUAAUGGACGAGAGGUUCAAGUAGUCAAGCCAGGGCUAUGUGUUCAUACACUGACAGGGCUGGCCCCUGGUUCAGAACACAAAGUAUCGGUCACUGCUGAAAGUCUGUCCACUAACAGGAAGAACCACUUGUCAGCAUUUGUCGUCUUCAAAACGGCCUCCGGAGGUGUCCCAGAGCCCCCAUUAAAUGUCCAAGUAGAGGCAGGACCACAAGAGGGCACACUGCUGUUGACAUGGAUACCGGUUACCAUAGAUUCCUCUGGUUUCUCCAAUGGUGCAGUGGUAACUGGUUAUGUGGUGUAUGCAGAUGGUAGAAGAGUUAAAGAUGCACAAGGUCCAACAAAUGACCACAUCAUUCUCAGUGCUGAUGAUUUCCAAGCCUUCAUUCCUAAACAGCUGUUGGUCCGUACAGUGACUGUGGACAAAACGGAAUCUUCUAACUCGGACCCAAUCAAACUACCCCACUCACUCAUACAGGAGAUCACAGAUGGGGCUGCCAAAAGGGUGACCAAGGACACGCCCACUAAACAAACAGUCCAGACCUCAAUGCCCCUAAACUCAAUUGUACCAGAAACUUCUGAGGGAGACGAAGACAUUGAUACUGUCAUAAAUCGCAUCGCUGCCGAAGCAGAGCGCAACAUGAGUCCAGUGCUGGACAAUAUCGAAUACGAGGAUGAUUUUAUCGAGGGCAGCAGCACCUCGGAGCUUUCUGACAUUCCCGAAGAGGUGGAGGAGGAAUUUUCCGAGGAGGUCCCCCAGGGGCCUCCCACUAAACUCAGCCCUCAGCUACUUAAUGGUCAUGCAUCACUUGGCAAGAAUUCAGGUGCAAAGGCACUUACUGCAUCCACACCUCUCAGAUCUAGUGAAGCGUCGCCAAGGCAAACAAGGUCAUCUCCAAGGAUACCAGCUAUUGAAAUAACAAGAGACAGUGGCAGUGAGCGAGGGAAUUCUGUAGAUAUAUCAGAAGAGGAGUUAGACAUUUCUAAAACUCCAGUAAAAACAAAGAGAACAGUGCCCCAUGUUCAGGAUAGUGUUAAAGGCUCACAUAGAAAUAUUUCCCCCGCCUCCACAAGUGCCAGUGUGUCUCCGAGUGAGGAGGUGGUUAGUAAUGGACACCAUUCAAGACAUUCCCGCGAGGCUUCCCCUCAAAGGGACGGUCAUGUGACUAGUGACCUACAAUACAAAAAUGACAAAAAUACCUCCCAUCACACCGCCCCAGAUCCGCGACGGAGACUUUAUCCAGAAAGUCAUGUGACUCAUAAAAACGGUGACAGUUCACAUCCGGAACACGGACCCGUCAAACCUCACAGGAGGAGUCCAGGUCUCGGAAGUCCGCGGAAUAGUCCUCAGAGGGCAAGUCCGCGGAGGGUCAGUCCUCAAGGAGUUCAUAGUCCUCACAAGGAUUUAACGGACAGCAAGACUUACAGUGAUUCUAAUGCUAAUGAUGUGUCGCAGGGAUCCACCAUUUCUGACGGGAGGCUGGAUAAUAGCGGUGUUCAUCACGUUCCACAGCUGGAUCUGUCCGACUGUGACGACAGUGGAGAUGUGGAUUCUAUUAGUGGAGAAAUUAAUCCACCCAUCGAGGACAAUCGGAUUAGAUUGUUUGUGGCUUUGUUUGACUAUGAUCCGGAAAGCAUGUCACCUAAUGUUGAGUGUUUGGAUGAGGAACUACCCUUCAAAGAAGGGCAGAUCAUCAAGAUUUAUGGUGAUAAGGAUGCUGAUGGUUUUUACCGCGGUGAGAGUAACGGCCGAGUCGGCUUUGUCCCAUGUAACAUGGUGUCAGAGGUCCAAGUUGAGGACACGGAACUGGCGGAACAAUUACUCAAGGAGUCGCAAACCGGCUACAAUCCCAGCAUGCAGUUAUCCACCGAUAACUACACGAAGCCCACGGAGCUUGGGUCUAGAUUGAGUCCGGCCAAAGUCUCCACAGUGACGUCCAGCACGCAGGCUAGAAAAAUGGUGGCACUGUACGACUACGAUCCACAGGAACUGUCUCCAAAUGUCGAUGCUGAGCUGGAACUGGCCUUCAGAAGUGGUGACACAAUCAUGAUUUACGGCGACAUGGAUGAUGACGGCUUCUACAUGGGGGAGCGUAACGGUCACCGGGGACUUGUCCCCUCCAACUUCCUACAGGAGGCCCCCCUAAGUGACGACGAGGUCCUCGAGAGUGCCAGCAUUGUCUCCCCUGCCAGGUCAGGCGAGAGUCUCAGUAAUAUGUCGCGGCACUCUGACCUCGCGCCGGACAAAACGCAGAAAGUGGGACCUGGCACACAACUGGACCAACAGUUAUCACAUGAUACAGUGAAUUCAGUAGCCAAUCAGAAUCUCCCUCCAUCGGAACAGAGGCCCUCGUCUCCCGAGGACGUCAAGCAUAAAAAGAAGAGUUCUAGUCUGUUAUCCAAGGGCAAAAAUAUAUUUAAAAAACUCACUCGAUGAGGAUCACUGAUGCUCCCUGCCAGAAAAAUUAGCUUGUGUUAUCAUUAAAUCGUCCAAUCCCAGAAAAGUGUGUGCAGAUUCUUUGACACUGAUUAAUUGUAGUCAAGUGUAUGAAAAAAAAAAAACAACUUCAGAUUAAGUGCCAUUUAUUUGCUGAAUAAGACAUGUGUGACAUACAUGUAUUAGACUAGGUGAAAAGAAUCGCCAUGGAAAGAACUUGUCUCAGGAAUUAGAACUUCUUCUUUCUUUUUCAGCCAGUAGUUGUUAUGCCAGCAAUAUUGCUUUAAUACUAAGUAUCAAGGACAGAGAUAUUACCCACAAAUUUUUCUUGCAUUUUGUGUUAAUUUAAACAUCCUUGUAUUUCUUUGUCCUGUGACAGAUAGUCAUGUGAAAGGAAGUAGCUAUCUUGAAUCAUGUGACUGCAUGGUUGUGAAUUUUUUGUUUUAGUGAGUUAUGCUAAUAGAAAAAGUAUGCUUGUUUUUGUAAAGCCAAAGAGUGAGUGAAAAAUGUACCAGGGGAGAGAAAUCUUGGGUUUCUUGCCAGUUCUUGAUGUGUUUAUAAAUGUUUGCAUGUGCUAUAUGUGUAAUCAAAAAAAUGCUGCCAUAAUAUUUUUACUACAAGGAAGGAGUAUGCUGCAUUUUUUAUGUGUAAUGAUGUUAGAAAGUAAAAGACUUUAUUUUACAGUGUUUUGUUAUGAUGUGAAAUGUCUGUGAUAAUCAGUUAUUGACUUGUAAAGGUAUUACAUAUUUAAAAAAAUACCACAUUCCAAAAAUCAGAUAUUUACUGUGUAUUCCAAGUUAAACAAAAUUCCAUGCUGUUAUAGAUAUUUUUAAUGCAAUAUUUGAUAGAUAAAGUCCUUUCCAGGUUUAUAGUUGGAAAAAAAGUAACCAAAGUUUAUCUUUGGUAUUAUGAUUAAUAGGUGCAUAUGAUUUAUGUUUUAAUGCUGGACAAGGAAAAACUGGAAUUGUUCCCAUACUCUGUUUACUAGGUGCUAUUGUGUGUUGUGAUAUAUAAGAGUAAUCCAAUCUGUGCCUAUCUAGGUAUCAUACUACAUGUAAUUAAGUUAAUUAGAUAAAAUUCAUUAUGUCUGAUGUCACGAAAUGAUUUUUUUAUUUCCAAACAUUUUUUUUUUUCCAUUAUUUAUAGCCAGCAUACAGAGAAAGAUUUGAUACUUCAAACAAAAGUCAGUCAGGAAAUGAGCAGGAUAAAAUACUAACUGGAUUUUUUUUUUUUAUAUUUAAAGAUAAAUUUAAUUUGCAGAGAAAUUAAUGUGGAGAAUAAAUCUAUAUUGUAAACACUACAUCCUUCAAUAAAAUAGAAUCUCAUUAUAUACACUGAACACGGUCAUUUCAUAUGAUUUCCAUGAAACUACAGAUUAGGUCAAUCUAAGUACUUUGUUUUUCAGACAUUCUUGAUAUUAUACACAGGGCCUCUUGUGUUGUUGAGGCAGACCUUAUUUAUUUAUAUAGAAAUAUGUAUGAUAUUGUACAACAUCCAGUGUAUUUAUUGUUAAGUUUUUGUAUGAAAUAGGACGAUAUGUGAUGUGAUUUCAGAAUAAAUUAUUUUUUGCAAGUAUA